AUGGAUGAGACAGAAGAGACACUUUUGAGGGAAUGCCGACUAGGCAAUAAUGAAGAAGUGCAGGAGCUUUUGGAGAUAGGCAAAAGCAAGCAGUUCCUGGACCAGACUCCCCUGCAUCUCGCCACCUACUUUGGGCAUGUGAAGGUAGUGGAGCUGCUUCUAGAGCACGGCGCCGACAUCAACGCAGUAAACCACUGUGGCGACACUCCGCUUCACAAAGCCGCCUAUAUCGGCAACGAGGAGCUGGUGUUGCUGCUGCUGAAGCGGGGCGCCUCGGUCAGCGUGCUGAACGGCGAGGGCCGGCUGGCGGCGGCCGUCUCCACCGACCCCUACAUCAGCAGCCUGCUCUGA